GCAGGAGGAGGGGUGAGAGUGGAUAAAAAGAGGGUGCUGCACAGCGACAGGCUACAUUGACAGCGGAUCAGGAUCAGUUGAGGAUGACUCUGUUGUGGCUGCUGGCCUCUGUGGCCUUUGUCUCCCUGACUUCCCUAGCUGAUGGAGCUGCAUUGCAGGUGAUGUCUGCCCCCAACUUGUUGCGGGUAGGAACAGCAGAAAACAUCUUCGUGGAGUGUCAAGACUGCUCCGGUGCAAACAUCCCGGUCGAAAUCAGCGUGAGGAACCAUCCAACCAAAAACAAAAGGCUGGCAUUCACACCUGUGACACUUACCAGUGGAAACAACUUCCAGGCGCUCGGACAAAUAACGAUCCCUGCUGGAGACUUCAGCAAGGAUCCCAACAUGAAGCAGUAUGUGUACCUGCAAGCUCAGUUCCCUGACCGACUGCUGGAGAAAGUGGUCUUAGUGUCCUUCCAGUCCGGGUACAUCUUCAUCCAGACUGACAAGACUCUCUACACCCCCAACAGCAAAGUUCAUUACAGGAUGUUUGCACUGACGCCCCGUAUGGAGCCAGUAGAGAGGGAUGACGAAACCCAACCUGAACCUUCUAUUGCCAUCGAGAUUGUGACCCCUGAAGGCAUCGUUUUACCAAUUGAUCCAGUCUCUUUGAAAUCAGGGAUGCACUCUGGAGAUUUCCAACUCGCUGAAAUUGUCAGUCCCGGACUGUGGAAGGUGGUGACGAAGUUCCACAGCAACCCACAGCAGAGCUUUUCUGCAGAGUUCGAGGUCAAAGAAUAUGUGCUGCCCAGUUUUGAGGUUAAACUGACGCCUGUGAGCCCCUUCUUCUACGUGGACAGUGACGCCCUCACCGUCAACAUCAAAGCUACGUAUCUGUUUGGUGAAGAGGUGGAUGGGACGGCCUACGUGGUGUUUGGGGUUAUGCAAGACGGUCAAAAGAGGAGCUUUCCAGGUUCUCUUCAGAGAGUGCAGGUCCAGAGAGGUAGUGGAGAGGUCACACUGAAGAGAGAGCACAUCACACAGACCUUCCCAAACAUCAACGACCUGGUGGGGAGUUCCAUAUUUGUAGCUGUCAGUGUGCUGACAGAGAGCGGUAGUGAAAUGGUGGAGGCAGAGUUGAGAAGUAUCCAGAUUGUCACAUCACCUUACACCAUCCACUUCAAGAAAACGCCCAAAUAUUUCAAACCAGGAAUGUCCUUCGAUGUUGCGGUUGAAGUUGUGAAUCCUGACGGCACUCCGGCACAAGGUGUUACAGUGGUGGUCGAUCCAGGACAGGUGCAGGGCUUCACCGCAGCCAAUGGCAUGGCGAGGCUUAUCAUCAAUACAGUGGCAGGGGAACCAAGACUGACAAUCACCGCAAAGACCAAUGAUCCUCGUUUAACACCUGAUAGGCAAGCAUCAGCCAGCAUGUCUGCUCUCCCAUAUACCACUAAAAGCAACAACUACAUCCACAUAGGUGUGGAUGCAGCUGAGCUGGACCUAGGAGACAACCUGAAAAUCAACCUCAACCUCAACAGGCAGGAAAAUCACGACACUGACAUCACAUACCUGAUCCUGAGCAGAGGUCAGCUGGUGAAAAGUGGCCGUUACAGGACAAGAGGUCAAGUACUGAUUUCCUUGAUAGUUCCCAUUACCAAAGAAAUGCUGCCAUCGUUCCGCAUCAUAGCCUACUACCAUACAAAUGGCAAUGAAUUGGUAUCAGACUCUGUUUGGGUGGAUGUCAAGGACUCCUGCAUGGGCUUGCUGAGGCUGGAAUCAUCGAGACCCGCUCCAUCCUAUGAGCCUCGAAUGAUGUUUGGUCUGAAGGUCACAGGAGAUCCAGAGGCCACAGUGGGAUUGGUGGCAGUUGACAAAGGCGUCUACGUCCUAAACAACAAGCACCGCCUCACCCAGAAAAAGGUGUGGGACAUUGUCGAGAAGCACGACACAGGCUGCACACCAGGUGGAGGGAAGGACGGUAUGGGUGUGUUCUACGAUGCCGGGCUGUUGUUUGAGUCCAACACGGCUUCUGGUACUCCCUACAGACAAGAAUUGAAAUGUCCGGCCCCCAGCAGGAGGAAACGAGCCCCUACUGUAAUGGAUGUCAUAACCAGCUUACUGAGUCAAUAUAACGACCAACUGCAGCGUGACUGUUGUUCGGAAGGCAUGAGGCCUACCCUCCUCUCAUACAGCUGUGAGAGGCGCGCCGAGUACAUCCUUGAUGGCGCAACCUGUGUCGCUGCCUUCCUGCACUGCUGCAAGGAGAUGGAAACCCAGCGAUCUGAGAAGAAGGAGGAUAGCCUCCUACUGGCUCGCAGUGAGGAGGAUGACAACAGUUACAUGGACAGCAAUGAAAUUGUUUCUCGCACCAAGUUCCCUGAAAGUUGGCUGUGGUUAGAUGUCCAUCUGCCUGCUUGCCCUCGACAUACACCUAACUGUGACACCACAUCAUUGACGAAAAAUGUUCCUUUGCAAGACUCGAUCACAACCUGGCAGAUCACUGGCAUUAGUCUGUCAAAAACUCACGGAAUCUGUGUUGGCGCUCCGUUGGAAGUGAUUGUCCGAAAGGAAUUCUUCAUUGAUCUCAGGCUGCCGUACUCUGCUGUACGUGGAGAGCAGCUAGAAGUUAAGGCAAUCCUCCACAACUACAGCCCCGAUGAUGUCACCGUGCGUGUGGAUCUGAUUGAGCAGGAACACGUGUGCAGCGCAGCUUCUAAGCGUGGGAAGUAUCGUCAGGAGGUCAAAAUUGGGCCCCAAACUACACGAUCUGUACCCUUCAUCAUUAUUCCCAUGAAAGACGGACAAUACAGCAUUGAGGUCAAAGCAGCUGUUAAAGAUUCGUCGCUCCAUGACGGAAUCAUGAAGAUGCUGCGGGUGGUGCCUGAAGGUGUGCUGGUUAAAUCUCCUCAGAUUAUAACUCUAGACCCCACUAAAAAAGGUGUAGAUGGUAAACAAGAAGAAACUCUCAACAGUGGAAUUCCUAGGAAAGAUUUGGUUCCAAACACACCUACGAAUACACAGAUCUCUGUGACAGGGAGAGAACAAGUUUCUUCACUGGUGGAGAACGCCGUUAGUGGGAACUCUAUGGGUACUCUGAUCUACCAGCCCUCAGGCUGCGGAGAACAGAACAUGAUCCACAUGACCCUGCCUGUCAUUGCAGCCACAUAUUUGGACAAAACCAACCAGUGGGAAGCUGUGGGCUUUCAGAAACGUAACGAAGCCCUCCAACACAUCAAGUACGGCUACCAGAAAGAGCUUGCCUACAGAAAACGUGAUGGGUCUUAUGCUGCGUUUCCCCAUCGCCAAAGUAGCACCUGGCUGACAGCCUAUGUUGCCAAGGUGUUUGCCAUGGCCAACAGUCUGGUGGCAGUGCAAAGAAAAGACAUCUGUGACGCUGUUAAGUUUCUGAUUCUCAACACGCAGCAACCUGACGGCUUGUUUAGAGAACUUGGACCGGUGAUCCACGGAGAGAUGAUUGGUGAUGUGCGCGGCGGAGAUUCAGAUGCCUCCAUGACGGCCUUCUGCCUCAUUGCCAUGCAGGAGUCACGUACACUAUGUACUGCAACUGUUAAUAGUCUGCCAGGCAGUAUCGACAAAGCAGUAGCAUAUCUGGAAAGACGUCUGCCCAGCCUCACCAACCCAUAUGCUGUUGCCAUGACGUCAUAUGCCCUGGCCAAUGAAAACAAACUGAAUCGCGAGAUCCUCUACAGGUUUGCCUCCCCAGCGUUGUCCCACUGGCCGACACCUAAGGGGCGUGUUUACACACUGGAGGCCACAGCUUACGCUCUCCUCGCUCUGGUCAAGGCCAAGGCCUAUGAAGACGCCAGACCUAUUGUGAGAUGGUUCAACCAACAGCAGAAGGUGGGCGGAGGCUAUGGAUCAACUCAGGCUACCAUAAUAGUGUACCAGGCUAUAGCAGAGUACUGGUCCAGCGCUAGAGAACCAGAGUAUGAUCUGAAUGUGGACAUCUUGUUGCCGGGCAGGUUAAGGCCUGACAAGUACAACUUCAACAUCACCAACCACUACACCACCAGAACAUCUGAAUUCAAUGAUAUAAACCAGAACGUGAAAGUGAACGCCACGGGUUCAGGAGAAGCAACGGUGACAAUGGUGUCGCUGUAUUACACUAUGCCUAAAGAAAAGGAGAGUGACUGUCAGAAGUUUAACAUGUCAGUGCAGCUCCUCCCAGAAAAAAUUGAAGAGGAUGAGAAGAUAUACAAGCUGAGAAUAGAGGUUUUGUAUAAGGACAGGGAGCACGAUGCAUCAAUGUCAGUCUUGGAUAUUGGCUUGCUAACUGGCUUCACGGUUAACACAAAGGACCUGGACUUAUUGUCCAAAGGACGUGCUCGCACUAUUGCAAAAUAUGAGAUGAACACAGUCCUGUCAGAAAGAGGCUCGCUCAUCAUCUACCUGGACAAGGUUUCUCACACACGACCAGAGGAGAUCACUUUUAGGGUCCAUCAGAAGAUGGAAGUGGGCGUCUUACAACCAGCUGCUGUGUCUGUCUAUGAAUACUAUGAACAAACACAUUGUGUGAAGUUCUACCAUCCAGAGAGGAGAGCUGGACAGCUACGGCGGCUCUGUAGAGGGGAUGAAUGCACAUGUGCUGAAGAGAACUGCAGUAUGCAGAAGAAGGACAAAGUCAACAAUGAUCAGCGCACAGCUAAGGUCUGUGAGAGUACACAGAUCAACAACAUAGACUUUGCGUACAAAGUGAGACUGGAAGAGUUUACAGACGGCUUGUCCACUGACAUUUACACAGUGCUGGUCCUGGAAGUCAUCAAAGAAGGAAUCUUUGAUGUGAGUCCUCUGAAUAAAUCGCGCACAUUCCUCAGUCAUCCGCACUGCAGGGAAUCUUUAGAUCUGGGGACAGGCAAAACCUACCUUAUCAUGGGCUCAUCCAAAGAUAUUCAGAGAGAUGACGAACAUCAAUCAUACCAGUAUGUACUCGGUGAGAGAACCUGGAUCGAGUACUGGCCCAUAGAGGCAGAGUGUCAAACUGAGGAACACCAACCUACCUGUUUGGGCAUUGAGGAGAUGGUCCAGCGGUACCAACUCUUUGGAUGUCAGCAGUAGUGAAACGAAGGAAAAAGAAAUAAAGUGUCAAAUUGUUUUUAUUUUGCAUUGUUCUUAUUAUGUAAAACGUUCACUGCUUUGGGAUAUGAGGGCUUACAAUGUUGCACUAUAUUGAUUAAAAUGUAAUUGUCUCAAUCUCA